GGAUCGGCUUUUUUGAGAGUAUCACAUAUUUAUUAUGGCCGACAGUCAACACAAAACUGGAAGUGAAGUCAUUCUCUGAUGAACGUACAUUUUAAACUGUUAGUAAGGAAGACAAGAAAAUCAUGAUGAUGCAGGCUGAGGACGCUAGAUAUCUGAAAAGGAAGGUUAAAGGAGGUAGUAUAGAUGUGCAUCCAACAGAAAAGGCUCUGGUGGUCAAUUAUGAAUUGGAGGCGACUAUUCUGGGUGAGAUGGGAGACCCCAUGCUAGGUGAACGAAAAGAGUGUCAAAAGAUCAUCCGAGUGAAAAACCUCCAUGAAAACAGUGAUUUAACAGCUCUCGCCCGCGAAAUCAUUGACAAAUGCAAAUUAAUCCAUCCUGCGAAGUUGCCAGAGGUGGAGCAGCUCCUUUACUACCUACAGAAUCGCAAGGAAGCUACAGCUUCUAAAGCAUCACAUGGUAAAACACAGCUGUCAGACAAACCAGAAGAUCCUGGGAUUGAUGCAACGGAAGUAGAUGAAGUUGCAAACAUCAAUGAUGUUGAUGAAUACCUUGAAAUGCUGUAUGAAGACUUGCCAGAUAAGAUCAAAGGCAGCGCACUGCUGCUGCAACUGGCACGGAAUCCUGACAACCUUGAAGAGCUUUUCCAGAAUGAGACUGUGGUGAGUGCAUUGGUGCGUCUGCUUCGAGAAGACUGGAAGCGAAGUACUGACAUGGCUACAAACAUCAUCUAUAUCUUCUUUUGCUUCUCUUCCUUCUCACAGUUCCAUGGGGUUAUUUUGCAUUUCAAAAUUGGGGCACUGUGUAUGACCAUCAUAGAUCACGAGCUCAGGAAACAGAAGAUGUGGCUGGAAGAACUUCAGAAAAAGAAAAAGGCUUCUGAAGCCGAUAAGAACAGCAGCAAGCUGAGAGAAGACUAUGAGAAGAGCUUGAACAAGUAUCAGGGCCUUCUUCACAAACAGGAGCAACUUUUACGAGUGGCGUUUUAUUUGCUCCUGAAUUUGGCUGAAGACCUGAAAGUGGAAGUCAAGAUGCGGAACAAGGGAAUAGUGCGGAUGCUGGUGCAGACGGUUGACAGAGAUAACUUUGAGCUGCUUAUCUUGGUGGUGUCAUUUCUUAAAAAACUCAGUAUCUUCAUAGAAAAUAAAAAGGAAAUGGCAGAUUUAAACAUCAUCGAAAAAGUAACCAAGCUGGUGCCUUGUGAUCAUGAAGACCUUCUGCACAUUACACUGCGAUUGCUUCUCAAUCUUUCUUUUGACCCUGACCUUCGAAGUAAAAUGAUCAAAUAUGGUCUGUUGCCCAAGCUGGUUGGCUUACUGACCAAUGAAAAUCAUCGCCUGAUAGUACUUUGCAUCUUGUAUCACAUUUCAAUGGAUGACAAGGCCAAAUCUAUGUUCACAUACACAGACUGCAUUCCCAUGGUGAUGAAAAUGCUGCUGGAGAGUCCAGAACAUCCCGACAUGGAGUUGCUUGCUCUUUGCAUCAACCUGGCUGCAAACAAGCGCACAGCAGCUAUCAUAUGCGAAGGCUCUGGCCUAAAGAUGUUAAUGAAGCGGGCAUUCAAAUUCCAUGACCCAUUUGUAAUGAAGAUGGUGCGCAACAUCUCGCAGCAUGAGGGAGAAACCAAAAAUCUUUUCAUUGAUUAUAUCAGUGACCUCUGCACAGCUGUGCUGAAUGGGGACAGCGAUGAUUUUGCCUUGGAGUGCCUUGGAAUUCUGGGAAACCUGACCAUACCUGACUUGGACUAUGAGUUGAUACUCAAAGAGUAUGACUUGAUUCCUUGGAUAAAAAACAAACUACAGCCUGGAGUCGCAAAAGAUGACUGGGUGCUGGAAGUGGUGAUACUGGUUGGCACUGUGUGCAGUGAUGAUGCGUGUGCGCGACUUCUGGCAGACAGCAACGUCAUUCACUUGCUCAUUGAACUCUUGAAUGCCAAGCAGGAAGAUGACGAAGUGGUCUGUCAGAUCAUCUAUGUCUUCUACCAAAUGAUCUUCCAUGAAGCAACACGGGAGAUUAUUAUCAAAGAAACACAGGCCCCAGCAUAUCUGAUUGAUUUAAUGCAUGACAAGAAUGCUGAGAUUAGGAAAGUCUGUGACAACACCCUUGACAUGAUAGCGGAGUUUGACGAGGAGUGGGCAAAACGUAUCCAGCUGGAGAAGUUCCGCUGGCAUAACUCGCAGUGGCUAGAGAUGGUGGAGACGCGGCAGGCAGAAGACUUCAGUGACGGGUACAUGUACCCUGAUGAUAGCCUUGACCCUUACCUGCAUGAUGCUGACAUUCUUGAUCGACCUGAUCUGUUCUAUGCACCUGCCAGCAGCAGUUCAGAAACCAUGCAAGACCAAGCACAAACCACAACUGGGAGUGCGAAAGAUGGCUAUGACCAAGGGCUGAUGCUAGAUGGACACCUAACUCCUGAAUACAUCGAUGAUGGAGGCUUGUACAAUGGCCACAGGGAUUACUAUGGAAGGCAAGGGUACUUGGAGGAGGACUACGACUAUGAACCCUAUGUGCGACCUGAGGGACACUUGGGUUUUGUACAGGAAGGUCACCAUAUGGACCGGUACAGUCGUGCUGUGGGUAUGGGUGGCUAUGGCAUAUAUCCUAGCGAUGAAGAGGAAUCAGCUUAUGGCAUGCGGUAGUUUCCUUGCUCACGCAUGAGACCUCUGACCACUCAAGAGGAAAUGCUUACAAAAAUAUUUUUUUUAAAACCUGUACAGGUCAUUUGAAUACUACUACCACAAUACAAAGGUUCAGGUGUGGGCUACUGUUGGACUGGUGGAACAGAAUGACAAAGUCUGGAAAUUUCUAGAUUACCAACUGCUUCUUUCUGUCUUUAUCUGUCCACUUAUAUUUUUUUAAUUCUCAAAUGAACUUCAUGUUACUGAAGUUACGCUACCAUCUAGGAAAAGCAGAAGAGGGAGAGGAAAAAAAAACCCACUCAAAUUCUGCCUCUUUUAUUGCUGCUGUUUGGGACAUGAACAGAUAUGUUGCUUGUGCUUGGGGUUGUACAAAUGAUGCAAUACUGAUAAAGGUAAAAAGUAAUAGUGUCUUUGUGUGUGUGUAAAAAGUGAGAGAGAGACCUGGGAUUUUUUAAUAUUUUUUGCCUUUUCUUUAGACAAACAACUUACAUCUGCUUUUUUUGGAUGUGAAUAGUAGGCAAGACUUACGGGAGAAGCAGAACAAGACUUCACUUUAAGAAAUUUGCGUGAAAAAAAAAAGAGACUAAUUAGAUCAUCAGAGGAAUCACAAAAGCAAAAAAUAGAAAAAUACGAAAAGCUGCCCACAUAAAAAUUUAUAAAGAUUUAUAAUGUGCUGUUGAUGUGCUUUCAUUUUUGAAGAACGUAGUUGAGACAUUUUGGUGGCUCAGACUGUGUUACCUGUCUUGUAAUGAGUAUUUUCAUGUCAAGGUGAUGAAAUAUUUGAGCAAGUAUCUGCACCCAUCUGUGAUAUUUUGACGUCAUUCCUGCAUUAUGGAAUGUCAAGUGAGAGCUAUAUGCCUUUUAUCAGACUUGAUUAGAAUUCCUUUGUAAGGGUUUAUGAUCUAUGCCAGCAUUGCAUGACUCCAUAGUUUUGGCCAAGACAAGCCAGUACUUUCUGCGCAGGUUGAAUGCAUGCAGGCUUCUUUUUCCGUCCAGCCCUAUUGCAGGUUUUUUUGUUUUUAAUUUAAAUUCUUCAUUUGAUGGUUUAUAAAUGCUUUUGCAUGCCUUGUGUGUAAUUAUUUGUUACAGAUGCUUUCACCCAACUUUCCAGAUGAAAGGUUUCUGUUUUUUUCACUUGAACUAUUGGGAUGUAUUUUUCUGUGCACAUGAACAGAAGAGAAACUGAGCCUGAUACAUCUUGUCAUGUGUUAAUCUAUCUGAAUUGUAAUGCCCAUGGUGGUUGAAAGCAUCAUCAGUCUGAGAGGGAUGCAUUAUGUUUUUUAAGGUGCUCACAAGUUAUUCACUCAUCUCAUUUUAGUUUAAAACUUGCUUGCAUGAGGUAAGAAAAUUUUCACUUGCUGGUCUGAUAGUCUGCUGAUUAUUUCAAAUAUGAACAUUUGUUUUUGAAAUGAGUGUUUUAAGUUCUGUUGUUCUUCACUUUUUACUUUAUAAACCACAUCUUAGAAUUCCAAAAAUAUAUUUACACAUGACAUUUUCAGGAGUGUUACUGUAAUUCUUGGAGCAUCUUCAAAUUUUGUGUUCAAUCUGUUCAACACUUUUUCCCUCAUGUGUGUGAUGUUUUGCUUAUUUUUGUAUUUGUAGCCUUAUUUAAAAAAUAUCAGACAUUAGCAAAAUUUGCUCCAUUCACAUUUGCUGAGCAAAACAAAAACAACUGUUAAGUGUUGCGAAAAUAUUAUCUACACAUGGAAUAGCUUACCUGCUUCUGUGAUAUUUGACAUACGACCAUCGCAGUUAAAGUUGGAUUAUACCAGUAAUGCAAUUUAAGAAAUGCACAAGAGCUACUGUGUUUUGUCCUUUUUGUCAUGUUAAAAUUCCUGUUGCUUUUUUCUAGUUGUAAACUGAAUGGCCAAAAUUAGACAUUAUUUUUCCAGUUUGCUCAGAAAGCUUAUGUUCAGUGUAGCGGAAAUGUUAGGUCACUGUCAAUGCUUAUGGUGUUGCUGUUGCAGACCACAGACCUUCUCACAAAGUAAAGCUGCCAAAUAAAUGUCGAAUUCCAUAGGUGGUAGUUUGUUUGGAUCUGAUCACUAAAUUGACAAAGCCGCAUUUACGCCUGUUGUUUCAAUCACAUUUCAACCCUUGACCAGCCAUUUACUUUCAGGAAUUGGACCUUGCCCAAGAAUCAGAUCCAGAUGAGUACAUGUAACCUCUGGGCCACUAGUUAUGGAAAUAAGUUCUUGCAUAUCUGUCAUGAUUUUUAGGGGUGACAUCAUUUAUUUCUUUUAAGAUCAACAUUUAAUUAGGGCUAGCAGAUUCAAACUCCAUUCAAAACUUUUGUCAAGGCGAUGUCUUUUGUUGAUGCUUCAUGAUACAUAACUCUUUCCCCAAUAACUGGGUAUAGUAUCGGAAACAAAAAUGAAAUUAAAAAUGGUGUUCCUUUUUCAUUUAUGUAUGUCCAACACAUUAAAGACAGAAUUCAUAAAUCA